GUGCAACUACAACGAAUCCGGCCACGUUCAUCGACUGCAUGUCCUCUUCAGACUUUUUCGGAAUGUAUAAAGACCUCCCUUGUUUCAUCAUCAACUGAGAGCCGCGUGCGGUACAGCACUUGCCAGUUGCUGCACUAUCUGUGCAGACCGAGCAGUGAGUCCCCAGAGAGAAUGCAAGUCGCGCUCGAGCAGCUUGUCGAAUCAGACCUGUCGGAGUUCCUGUUUGAACGUCUGAGGGAGCUUCAAUCAGACGUAAGAAUUCAAGACGCCGAUGAGGCAUUGGUCGUCCAGUCGGUGCAAGUACUGCGCAUGCUGUCCGUGAUUGGCGACAAAUUCGUUCGCCACUUUGUUUUCGGGUUUGACGUCGUUAUUCGUUGGCUGGACACUUGCAUUCAGUCGGGAUUCCGUCCCCUUCAGGCGGAGAUCAUGGCGUUGUUGUCAAAAGUUAUUGCAGUUGAUCCAGCGAGUGUGCCACUUCCAAGCGCACAGAAACUGACGCAGCUUAUUUCUAUCAUGGUUGAGCAAGACAAGGACUCGUCCCACGUGUACUGCGCUGAACCGUUGGACGGGAUAGCGAUCGCCGAUAAUCGUAACGUCAGUCUCAAUUGCGAAGAAGCGGCUGUCGAUGUCUGCCUGGACAUAUACAGCACCUGCUGCCAAGUGCUUACAUCCCUUCUGAGCUGCAAUGUUGAUCUGUCUCUUUCGCUUUCCUUGGAAAGCACCCUCUCCGCUCUCGCGGAAGCUCUCACGCCCUCCGAGCAGCCGCUAACGGAGAGCUGUCCGACGGGAACCAAGCCCUUCAGACUGAUGACACUGCUUUUGAAAUCGGCAAGCCAGUACUUUCAGCGAGCAUUUACUGACAAGCUGUCGGCGGUGCUGCCCAGUCGUCUGCAGCCAGCAACCGCCGCUGCUGGACAUCCCUUCGUCCGACGCCCUCAGAGUCAGGAGGAAGGAUUCGACCUUCUGUUACAGAUCUGCGACAUCCAUUUGCUGCCGUGUUUCAUUUUGCUCCAAGACGAUCUCAGCCGUAGGAUCGAGGAUGAGCACUUAGUUCUGUUAUUCCUUGAGGCACUUGCAGAAGUGUUCCGGCACUCGUCCCGGCGUAGUGCGAUCGUCCACGCGAAAAAACUCGCUAGAGCUUUCUGGUUCCGUCUUGGAUACGAGAUCAUGGACCGGUUCGGCGUGGCAAGCAUAAGGCGAGCGAUGUUCGAGUUUUUUGCAGAUCUGGUCGAUUACCUAUUGGACGAGGGUUAUGGAAACCUACUGCGAGGAGCAGCUACUCAGCUUCCACCUUCUCCAGAAGAUGCUCUGGCUGUGGCGGAAGAAGACGGCAGCAAAGAUGAGGAAGUGGCAGCCGCUCAACUUGCCGUCUUGCUCUUAUUCUAUGCAGGGAUGCUUUAUGACAACAGAAUUGUUGACAGCAUGCGAUUGUUGUCAUCAAUAGAAAAACACAUUCUGAUUAACCGGAGGCGUUUGAAGGACGAUCAGCCGAAUGUUGAAGACUGCAUCCGAUUCAUCCUAUUCCUGUACGUCUCCGCAAAGCGAGAUGUUGGGCAGUAUGCCAUUCUCCAGAGCAACGAUGCGGAGACGGCACUCACGGAAAUCCUUCUUUCCAAACAUUUCCGCAAGCCGUUCCCAUGCAUGCAAACGAAUGAGCAGCACGUUCUCAUCUGGCUCCUCAAGAAAGAAGAACUGCUGGGUUUCAAUAUGUGGAUGUUGGAGUCAUGGAUAUCAAAGGCACAUCCAUAUGCAUGUCUCCUAUUAGGCAAUAGAUCUCGAUCUGUGGGAGCAGCGCCUGCCGAACACGAACACACUGCAACUGCUCGAAGACGAACACAUUGCUCUUCCCAUGGAUUCUCAACAGCAGCAUCAACUGUGACAUCGACAUCAGCAUCAUCGUUGUUCGCAUCCUCAAUCCGACCAGGGGCGGCUGAGGACGAGACCACGUUCGCCGCAUCGAGAGGAGAAGGAGCUGUCUUACCAGACAACUCUCUGUCCCAAGGGAUGCCAGAUGCUGCAGAUGGCAACUGCAUCGAAGUUCUUGCAGAUAUCUUGUCCGAUACUGACAGUGGCAAAGCAGCCGCGUCCGUGUUGGUUGCUCUGUUCGAUGGCGUAUCUAGGACUAGCGACAGCGAACCGUCGGUUUCUCAUCUGCUCCAAUUCUUCAAACAGAUGUGUGUCUUUUCAUCAGCGGCUGCCAACACUCUCCAUGUGCAUGGUCUUCCGGACGUGGUGAGUCUUUCCAAUCAAGUCGAAAGGUCAAUCUAAAACUGUUCAAUGAUGACAUUUUUUAUGGGCAACAACGUGCGUGCGUGUGUGUGUGUGUGUGUGUGUGUGUGUGUGUGUGUGUGUGUGUCUGUGUGUGUGUGCAAACAGGAUAGAAAAGAAAGAGACGAAAAGAAGAAAAAAGAAGAGGAAAAACUAAUAAACAAAAUAAAAUACAAAAAGAAAAAAAAAGAAAAAGAAAAAAAAAAGAAAAAGAAAAAAGAAAACAAAAGGAAAAGAAAAGU